AUGGCGAGUGGGGCAUUUGAACAGGCAGUUUCGGUGGUGAGAACGAACCCGCUGGCGACGGGUCUCAUCACGACGGCAGCUAUCAGCAUCGCGUGGACAGUCAAGGACUUUUCCGACUGGAAAUCGUUUGGAACCGGCGGCACACCUCCAACAUGGGCAGGCUACUGGAGGAUGACCAAGCUGAGGGUUAAAGCCCUCUUGGCCAACGACGACCUCUUGGACACAUCAGUCUAUGACCGGUCGUCCGGGCCACUGCACCUGACUGAGCUGCCAACGCGCGGGGUGCCACGGCCCAAGCUGAUGCCGCGCAUCCUGCCGCAGCGCCAGGUCCCCGACAGGGUGCUCUCGACGGCGUCGCGGGCCCGACUGCACGACAUGGUCACGGUGCUGGCGGCAGAGCAUCCCGACCUCUUGGAGGUCAAGCCCUCGCACACCGAGGGCAAGACCACCGACGGGCUCUACGCCAAGCGCGACGUGUCGUCGCUCAACCCCGUAGCCCGGGACAAGAUCCUGGACCACGAGAUUGGACACGCGCACCCGUCCGACGACAGCUUGCAUGUGUGGCUGAGCGAUCGCGAUGCCAUUGAGGUGGUGGAGAAGGGCUGGGGUCAGAGAUUCUGUUUGCCGUUUGUGAAUCGAGGAUGGGUCAUGGUCUAUGCUCCUCGAAAUAUGGAAGAAGUCGAGGUUGUGGAGAGUAUACUAAAGGCUGCUGUGCAAUAUCUCACCGGGGUCAAGGUUUAA